CAGGCGCCGUCCCCGCGCGUCACGUGGGUGACGCCGCUGCCAGGAGCGGCCGGGUAGGGCGGAAGUGAAGGGGGUGCCCGGCGGCAUGGAGGGGACGCUGGAGCAGCACCUGGAGGACACCAUGAAGAGCCCGUCCGUGGUGGGUGUUCUCUGCACCGACUCGCAGGGGCUCAACCUGGGCUGCCGGGGAACCCUCUCGGAUGAGCACGCCGGGGUCAUCUCUGUCCUCGCCCAGCAAGCGGCCAAGCUCACCUCCGACCCGACCGAUACGCCCGUGGUGUGCCUGGAGUCGGACAGCGGGAAUAUCAUGAUCCAGAAGCACGACAGCAUCACUGUGGCAGUGCACAAGUUGGCAUCCUGACCCUGGGGAACCUGCACCGCGCUGCACUCCCCGCUCCGGCCCAGCUGCUCCUCACCCGACAGCCACUCUCCUCUGCUGCUCCAGCGCAGAACGUGCUUCUAGUAACCAAACCUGGACUGAAGGCUCCUGCUCUCCACUUAACAGCUCCUGUGCAGCUACCAGGGUCUCCAACUCACAUCGUAGCACUUGUGCUGCUGAGGCUGAAACGUGGGUCACAAGCAAGCUCGUGUAAUCAUCACAUGCUAUGAGGUGUAUGUGUGUGUGGCCUUAGUUGUUGGAUAAAUCAAUAAAUGACCUGGAAAAAUAA